CGAAGGUGAAUUUCCAUCAUUCCACAAAAGAGCGAGAUUUAGAGAGCACACAAUUUGACGAGAGAACCGUAGAAACAAGAAAAGUAGUGUAGGAUCUAACAGCUGUAACAGCUGUAAAGGCGAGGUGUAACGUCGCAACGUCGACGACAACGACGACGUUUAACGAUGGAGUCCACGGAGGAGAGGAUACUGCACUACCAGAGGGGUAUCGACAGGUCUGUCUUAGUCCUCGACAAGCCCAGGCUGCUUCACUGUAUUAAAGCACUGUCUAAGUUACCUGUGACAAUGCGACACCUCAAGAGUACUGGUAUUGGUCGUACAGUGAAUGCUUUACGAAAGAUUGAGGAUGGAGUUGGUGAUGCAUCAAAACGUUUAGUGACAAAAUGGAAAGAUAUGGUAUCUAAUACACCUGACAGUGGUGAUUCAGAUGAGGCUUGUGUACCAGAUGAUCCCGAUAAUUAUGAAUCAGUCAAUGAUCAGGAAAACAGUUUGCCUACCAAUAACAAUCCUGUGGAUGACAAUUAUUUGGAUAGUUAUAAUGGUAUUAGCAGGCCAGAGGCAUUAGACAGGCCAGUACUUUCACCUCCUAUGGUUAUUGAUGUCAAUGUCUCGCCAGAAGAACCAGCUCCAAAUUUAAGUGAUGAGGAUAAUGAAUCAGAGGAGACAAACUACAAUCAAUCUUCUAAGAAUUUGUCUAGUAAGGACAAAGAAUCAAAAAAGGACUCAAAAUCUUCCAAUAGUUCAAGACAUUCUAGUUCAAAAGACAAAAAAGAAUUAUCAAAAAUUUCGAAAAAUUCCAAAGACACUGGCAAUGAAGAACAGCAUAAGAAAAAGGACAAGGACAAAACCAAAAAUAAAUCUGAAUCUUCCUGCAGCAAAGACAAAAAAAAUUUGGACGUAAAGAAAAGGAAGGUUGACUCGAGUGACAAUGAAAGUAAUCCUAAGAAGCAGAAAUUAUCAGUUUGUGAAGACGAGAGUGAUAAUGAUGAGGAACUGAACAAUUUUGUAAUAGACAAUGAUGAAGAUCAAGAAUCGUCAUCGAAUGAACGUGAUAGUGAAGUAAGAGAGUCUUCUAAAGACAGACAUAAGGAAUCUAGUCUGAAACACAGUGAUAAAAGCAGCAACAGCAGCAAAUCCAAGGAUAAACGCAGUAGCAGCAGCAGUAGUUCCAGUAAAGCCAAAUUAUCAUCGUACCACGAGUUGAAAAAAGACAAGGAGGAGCGGAGCAAGAAGGAUGACAAACAAAAGUUAAAAAGUUCACACGGUAGUUCCUCUAGCAAUAAGGCACAUAACGGUAAGGACAAGAAUAAGCACGACAAAGGAGAUGACAGAGGGAAGAGUAAAAAUGACGAGAAGGAUAAGAUCAAAGAUAAAAAAGAUCAAAAGAAGUCUAAGGAGCAAAAAGAGCAGACGGAAAAGAAAAAAUCUAAGAGGACUACGAUAGAUGGAAGUAUAGAUUCGAUGUCAGGUACCAGUUUCGCCGACGCACUGGGUAUGUGUUCUAUGCCACCACCUAAAAAGAAGAAAGAUGGCUCAUUGUCCAAGUCGAGUAGUAAGGUUGAAUCGAGCAACACCUUAUCACCGCAACCGUCACCUACUAAACCUAACCCGUCGAAAUCUAAGACUGAAUACAAACCGUCGAGCUCGCCAACUCCUGAUAGCUCACCAACUCCUGAAGAUUCGCUUGCGUUGUUAGCGCCAAACGUCAAAUUAGAACCGCUGAGUAAUGACUUGAACGAGGAAGUUGACCUUGCAUCAACAUUACCCGAACCCAGUCCUUUCUAUAAGCCACUGCCUCAGGUAAAUCACGUUCAACGUAGAGUCGACGAAGAAACGAUGUUGUCUCAAAUCAUCAAUACAAAAGUUCAAAGGACAAAAGUAUAUUCUGGGAAUAAAUCUGGCUGGACUAGCGUGCCGAGUCUUCAAGAGAUUUGCAUCCGCGUGUUAAUAGAGAACAUAGACGCGCUGGAGUACACCGGUGGAGUACCGUUUGACAUUCUUAAACCUGUUCUCGAGCGAGCGAGCGUUGAUCAACUGUUCAUGCUAGAAUAUCACAAUCCUUAUCUGGUCGAGGAAUCAGAUCAGCUGUGGAAAUUUCACUGCAAUAAAUAUUUCAAGAAUAAACUGAGAGAAGAAAUGGAGUCGUGGCGGGAGAUGUAUAUGCGUUGUCUAACCGAGCGAGAAGCCAAAUUCAAAGCUAUCACAGCUAACAUCAAGCAAUCAAUCGAUAAAUCAACUCCAGUGAGAUCAACAAAGCUUGCCUACGUGGAUCAUUUUGUGAAGCCACCACGAAAUGUGUUAAGACAACAGGCAAAGUACGGCACAGCGAAAGUGACGACAUCGGCGUCCGAUCUCAAAAAGAAACUAAUCACCGGCAUCGCUGUCCCUAGCAGUAGUAGUAGUAGUAGUAGUAACAGCAGCAGCAGCAGCAGCGGUAACAGCAGCAACAGCAGUAGUAAUAGUGGCAACUCGAGUUCUCAAGUUGAGAGAAUCUCCGUUCCUCCACCACCAGCUUCUAGAUCCAGAGCUCCUUCGGCACAUCCAAUAAAAAAGGCAAAAGCUCCUCUAAUGGCGAAAGCUCUGCAAGCAAUAAAAGGACGUUACAAGCGAUAGUGCACCAUUUUUCAUUAGCGCAUGCUUAAUUGUAGAAAUAAUUUUAUCAUUAACUAUUUUAAUAAUUUAUUGUUGAGAAGCCGUGAAAAGAAGAAAAAUUAUGCAUUUAUUCUCGACGAUUUUUGGCGUCAUUGUAAAAAACAAUGAAUUUGGGAAAUAAAGAAUUGUUCAGUAAUGUUUUUACAAGACAAAUACUCGUGUUUCCUGUGACAGUCUUAUUUGUACAGUUGCAUUCUGCAUACGACAUACAGAUUAAUUUGUAAUUUUUUAAAAUAAAAAUAAUAAAAAGACGACCUGUCAUCAUUGCAUGUACUGUUAUUCUCCAACAAUUAUCAUUCAGUUGUAGCAUUAUAUAAUAAGAUUGCGCAUUUAUGAUAAAGGCGAAAAAUAAUUUCGUGUAGUUAAUUAAUGGUAAAUCAAUUACCUUCUGAACGUGUGGAAAUAGUGAAAACGUGG